AUGAAGGGAGUAGAGGCUACAAGCUCAGGUAACCUUGUGAUGGGUCAUUGUGUGAUAGCUGGAAAUGAUUGUUAUUGUGAACUUGUGGUGUCUACUUCGACAUCGGGUUUGGUCAGGACAUCAUCCUUGUGUGCUAGAUGUCUAGUGGAGGUGGAAGGGCGCAGAUACAAGGUGAAUAUGAUAUGCCUACCUCUACAAGAGUUGGAGGUAAUCAUGGGGAUGGAUUGGCUCUCUGCCAAUCACAUUCUUAUAGAUUGCCGAGAGAAGAAGUUGUUAUUCCCUAACUCAGAGGAGCUUGAGUUAUUAUCAUCUCAAGUGGUUUUGAAGGAACUCCAAGAGGGCGCACAUUGUUACAUAAUCUUCACGCAUCUUGAAGUGGAGAAGGAGGAGAGGACAUCAGUGAUACCAGUCGUGCAUGAAUUUCAGAUGUGUUUCCAGAAGAAGUGUUAG